GUUUGUUGUUAUUUUUUUUUUUGAUUUCUUUUUUUUAAAUAUAUAUACUGUUUUGUGAUGAGGUCGACUUUGAUUAAUGCGUAAUCAAUUCUGAUUACUUUAAAUGCAGCGAGAAAAAAAUAUAAACUUAACAUAUGAGCCAUAAAAGAUAAAAGGGUAGUUUGCAAAAAAUUAAACCACCAGAAAUGUUACUCAGGAUUUACUCUCUAAUUGUCCUUGCACUGGAUCUCAUUACCCUUCUAGUGGGAAUAUGGUUUGCAAUUUUGGUCGCUUUCUACAGAACAUUUAAACCACCGCCUCUAAAAAGUCUCAAUGGCGAAGUUGCAAUGGUUAUUGGUGCAGGUCGCGGUGUAGGAAGGGAAGUAGCUAUUCAACUAUCACUGUUGGGAGUUAUUGUGGCAUGCGUCGAUAUCAAUCCUGAAAAUUGCGAAGUAACUGCUCAACGGGCUUGUCAAUUAUCGGGAGUGGCGAGGCCCUACAUUUGUGAUGUCACUGACCAAAAACAAGUUGCUCAAACAGUAAACGAUAUAAAGGCUGAAUUGGGAGAAGUUACGAUGCUUUUCCACUGCUGCGGUGUUCCAAGUCCUCGUUCGUUGCAGGAUCCUCCGGAAAUUAGAAAAACGAUGGACGUUUCGGUUCUGAGUCAUUUCUGGCUUUUAGAUUCAAUUCUGCCAGGAAUGCAACGAGUUGGAAAAGGUCACAUUGUCGUUCUUUCAUCAGUGGCUGGCUUAUCAUCGGGCGCGACUCGUGGAGGUGGAGUUCCUCUUUCCACGGCACAAUUUGCAGUUCAAGGAUUAGCGGAAUCAUUGCACACGGAAUUAAGACAUUCAAAUAGUAAUAUUAUCAUUACCUUGAUACACGUCUAUCCAUUCAUUGUCGGUGCUGAAGUUGCCAAAGAUCUUCGCCUCAGGAUACCGAGUUACUUUGGCACAAUGCCAGCGACGGAAGCGGCAAAAAGAAUUUUAGAUGGAGUGCGCCGGAAUUAUGCGGAAUUCAGCGUUCCUGGAUAUUUGCUAUAUCUUGGUCACAUCUUGAGAAUACUACCAAAGAAAGCGUCCUUUAUGCUGAGGGAUUUACUCGACACCGGCGUCGACUUUGGAUGACAAAUUUAAAAAAGAAUAGUUCAAUUUUAAUUACCAUUUGAACAGCAAAAAUUGAAAUUAAAACUACAGUUUAAAAAAAUUUAACACUGUAUAUCAAUCAAUGUGUAAACGAACUACACAAAUUCAUAAAGUUUACAGGCGAAUGUUCAUUAAUUUUUAUAAUAAAUAUAUUUUUUUACAAAUA